AUGAUCGGCCGGCGUGCUGGAACUAAUCGAGUCGGGAUGAGGAGGGACGAUUCCUAUCUGACUCGGUUCGUUGACUCAGUGUUUUCUCUGUUCCGAUUAGCUGAGUUUGAGAUCCUGUUUGUGCUGUUUUUCAUCAUCGCCUACGUCAUCUUCAAAGAUCUGACGGCGAGGCCGGAGUAUAAUCGGAUUCUGGUGGAGAAGCCCGGUGGAUCUGACAUCUGGCCGUUCUAG